UCGCUGCACGACGUGCGGCUGGACGCCGGCGACGAGGUGUACGGGCGCGCGCAGCAGACGAACCUGGAGUACCUGCUGCUCCUGGACGUGGACAGGCUGGUGUGGAGCUUCCGGAAGCAGGCCGGGCUGCCGACGCCGGGGGCGCCCUACGGCGGCUGGGAGGCCGCCGACGGCGAGCUCCGGGGCCACUUCGUCGGGCACUACAUGAGCGCGGCGGCCAAGAUGUGGGCGAGCACGCACAACGGCACGCUCGCCGGCAAGAUGUCGGCCGUGGUGGACGCCCUCCACGCGUGCCAGCAGGCGGCGCCCAACGGCGGCAAGGGCUACCUCUCCGCCUUCCCCGCCGAGUUCUUCGACCGCUUCGAGGCCAUCCAGCCAGUCUGGGCGCCCUACUACACCAUCCACAAGAUCAUGCAGGGGCUACUCGACCAGUACACGGUGGCCGGCAACAGCAAGGCUCUGGAGAUGGUGGUCGCCAUGGCCGGCUACUUCGGCGACCGCGUCAGGAGCGUGAUCCAGCGGCACACCAUCGAGCGGCACUGGACCUCCCUCAACGAGGAGACCGGGGGGAUGAACGACGUCCUCUACCAGCUCUACGCCAUCACGAAUGAUCAGAGGCACUUGGUGCUCGCCCAUCUCUUCGACAAGCCGUGCUUCCUGGGAUUGCUUGCAGCUCAGGCUGACAGUCUUUCUGGCUUCCACACCAAUACGCAUAUUCCUAUUGUAGUCGGCGGGCAAAUGAGAUAUGAAGUUACUGGUGAUCCUCUCUACAAGGACAUUGCAACAUUCUUUCUGGACGUUGUAAAUUCUUCCCACACCUAUGCAACCGGUGGCACAUCUGUCAGUGAAUUCUGGUACAACCCAAAACGUUUGGCAGAGACUCUGACCACUGAGAAUGAGGAGUCCUGCACUACCUACAACAUGCUCAAGGUUUCUCGCCACCUGUUUAGGUGGACAAAGGAAAUCACAUACAUCGACUACUACGAGCGUGCCCUCAUAAACGGUGUCCUGAGCAUUCAGAGAGGGAGGGAUCCUGGUGUCAUGAUCUACAUGCUGCCCCAGGGCCCCGGAAAAUCAAAGGCAGAGAGCUACCAUGGUUGGGGGACGAAGUAUGAUUCAUUUUGGUGCUGCUACGGGACAGGGAUAGAAUCCUUCUCAAAGCUUGGGGACUCGAUCUAUUUUGAGGAGAAAGGCAGCAAGCCGGCGCUAUACAUUGUACAGUACAUACCGAACACGUUCAACUGGAAAUCUGCAGGUCUUACUGUUACUCAGCAAGUGAAACCCCUCAGCUCGUCUGAUCAGAAUCUUCAAGUUUCACUCUCCAUAUCUGCAAAGACGAACGGUCAGUACGCGACGGUGAAUGUGAGAAUACCUUCCUGGACAUCUGUGAAUGGGGCAAAAGCAACUUUGAAUGGCAAAGAUUUGCAACUAGCAUCUCCAGGGUCUUUCCUCUCGGUCACCAAGCACUGGGUUAGCGGCGAUGAUCUGGAAAUCCAGUUACCUAUUAACCUGAGAACAGAAGCAAUAAAAGAUGACCGGCCAGCGUACGCAGCUCUGCAAGCAGUUCUGUUCGGCCCCUUCCUCCUCGCCGGCCUCACCACCGGAGACUGGGACGCGAAGACCGGAGCCGCCAUCUCAGACUGGAUCACCCCUGUCCCUUCGUCGUACAACUCCCAGCUGGUGACGCUCACGCAAGAAUCCGGCGGCAGCACAUUCGUCCUCUCGACCACCAUCGCCACCUCCCUGACGAUGCAGCCGCGGCCCGAAGGAGGCGGCACCGACGACGCCGUUCACGCCACGUUCCGGUUGGUUCCCGCAACGACGAAGGAGCCUAGCUCGGCGAUGAUCGAGCCGUUCGGCCUGCCGGGAAUGGUGAUCACCAAUGGCCUGACGGUGUCGUCAGAGAAGGGCCCGGGAUCUUUGUUCAACGCCGUACUGGGGAUCGACGGGCAGCCGGGGUCGGUGUCUCUGGAGCUCGGGACCAGGCCGGGGUGCUUCGUGUUGACCGCAGGCGCCAAGGUUCAGGUCGGCUGCCGCAGCGGCAGCGGUGGCGGUGAAGCGGGGUUCCUGAAGGCGGCGAGCUUCAAGCGGGCCGAGCCGCUGCGGCGGUACCACCCGAUCAGCUUCGCCGCCAGGGGGACGAGGAGGGGGUUCCUCCUGGAGCCGUUGUUCACGUUGAGAGAUGAAUUUUACACCGUCUACUUCAACCUUGGAGCCUGA